AUGAAGCACGUCGCCGCCUACCUCCUCCUCGUCUCUGCCGGCAACACCUCGCCCUCGGCCGAGGACGUCAAGAAGGUCCUCGCCGCCGCCGACAUUCAGGCCGACGACGAGCGCCUCUCGGUCCUCAUCAAGGAGCUCGAGGGCAAGGACGUCAACGAGGUCAUUGCCGAGGGAUCCAAGAAGCUCGCUUCCGUCCCCUCGGGCGGCGCUGCCCCCGCCGCUGCUGCUGGCGGCGCUGCCGCUGGUGGUGCCGCCGAGGAGAAGGCCGAGGACAAGCCCGCCGAGAAGGAGGAAGAAUCUGACGACGACAUGGGCUUCGGUCUCUUCGACUAA